AUGUUCCGCAGGGCACGCCUUAGCGUGAAGCCGAAUGUCAGGCCCGGAGCAGGCGCCAGGGCCUCCACCGCCCCCAGUUCCCAGCGUGAACAAGAAGCUCCAAGGCCGCAGGAGCCUGCCGCGGCCUCUGCUCCGAAGCCUCCGGAAUCCACAGAUGUGCCCCCGGUGGAUUUCGGGGAAGCGGAGCCCCAAGACAAGAUUCCCAAGAGCAGUGUUGAAAAGACUGAUGAUGGGAAGGAUGUUGAAGAAUCCAGUAAGCCUUCCUUUACUGUUUCACAGAAAAGAAAGCGAAUACCAAGUACUUCUAGUCUGGUCAAACCUAGUGUCAGUGUUCCUUCAGAACCUCAUCCUUUAUCUACAGUUAAUCAAGAAGCUCCACAGCCAAACCCUGUUCCAACAAAAGAGAAACAGCCAUGUUCAGACAGAUACCGAAUAUACAAAGCCCAGAAACUGAGGGAAAUGUUAAAAGAAGAAUUGAGGAAAGAGAAGAAGCAAUGGAAAAACAAGUAUGCCGUAAAUGAAACUCAAAGGCCACCGGAUCGUUCCAAAAUGACUAUGAGAGACUUCAUAUAUUAUCUACCAGAAAGCAAUCCAAUGACUUCUUCACUGGAGCAGGAAAAGAAAACUGAAAAAUCAUCGACACCAGUCCGAACACGAGAGCCAGAAGGCAAGACUACUCCUGAUGGGGAAGAUAACGAAGAAGUAGAAGAAGAGUUGGAUGAUGGGCCCUUGCUGGUUCCUCGAGUAAAAGUGGCAGAAGAUGGUUCUAUUAUUUUGGAUGAAGAAAGUUUAACUGUAGAAGUUUUAAGGACAAAAGGUCCCUGUGUUGUUGAGGAAAAUGACCCCAUAUUUGAGCGUGGUUCUACAACUACAUAUUCCAGCUUUAGGAAAAGCUACUACUCUAAACCAUGGUCAAAUAAAGAGACAGAUAUGUUUUUUUUAGCCAUCAGCAUGGUAGGAACUGACUUUUCUAUGAUUGGACAGCUUUUUCCUCACAGAGCAAGAAUAGAAAUUAAGAAUAAAUUUAAACGUGAAGAGAAAACAAAUGGAUGGAGAAUAGACAAAGCAUUCCAGGAAAAGCGCCCUUUUGACUUCGAUUUUUUUGCUCAUUUGCUUCAGAAAGUUCUUGCCGAAGAAGAGAAAAGAAAACAAAAAUCUGUUAAAAAUCAGAGUUCAAAGGAGAAGAAGUCCUCUAAAUCACGGAAAAAUGUAAAAGUGAAAAAAGUUGCUAAUGAUGAUCGAGAUGAGUCUGUGAGCACUAAAAUUUCAAACUCAGGAAGGUCGCAAAAGGAUGCUCAGACAGUUGAAGAAGAACUGCAGUCUCUGACUUUAUCUGAACAGGAUUCAGAACAGAAUGCAUUAGAACUAGACGUAAAUCAAAAGAAAAGAAGAAGAAAGAAUCAGGGUGAAGGUAGUGAACAAGAAGUGUAUCUUUCAGGAAGUGCCACUGUUCAGCCAGGCUCUUCUAAAGGAGAAAAACACAAAAAUAAAGGCCUGUCUUUAAGUCCUGAGAUUAAUGAAAAUGAAUCCAGUAAGGAACAAGAGCUUCCCUGUGUACAGGACACAGAUGACCUUGUGGGUUUAUCCUCUAGUGAAGACACUGAGAAAAGAACUGACCCUAUUCUUUCAUCAAGAGGUAGGGGAUAUGAAGAGACAUCAGCAAUGAAGACUGAAAAAGAAGAGAUUAAUGAUAUUGCAGGGAAAGCAGAAGAGUAUGGUGUCCUGGAAGCCAAGCGGGGGAAAAAAAAGACUUUCAAGCAGGAGGAAGUAAUCAACUGUGCCCCUGUAAAUCAGGUAGAACAAAGACACAGAACUGGUCACUGGAAAGCAGUGUAA